UGUGUCCUUUGAUAAUUUAGAGCCUGAUUCAAUAUAAAAUAUACAAUUCAGUCUAACUCACACAUUGAUAAACUUAAAGUUUUGAUAGGGUUUACUUUGUCAUGAUGGUUUUCUGGAAAGUCCCUGCCUUAACUAUUCAUGCAUUCAUUCAUGCAGCCCUUAUGGAGAUGACCUUAUGAGUUUGAAUGAACUAGUUGAUUGCGUGCGUUUGAUGCUGUCAGUUUCAGCUGAUGGCUUGACAGAUUGUCCCAUGUCCCCCUGUCUAAACUAGGCUUUGAAUCUUGUUUAAUUUGCUUCUAACUUUUUUCCAGUGACCUGUUGUUACGGCCACGUGUUGUGUUCUUUGUUUGUCACUUCCCUUCCCUUUUCUGUAGCUCUGCCCAGGUUGUGUCCCCCAUGAUUGCCAGAUGAGAUGCACCUGGCCAGGGGAUCAAGCAGCAGAUAAAGACUCCAGUUUCCUGCUGCAAGAGAGUGGCUUCUAGCUUGGGAACUGGUCUUGCUGCUUCUUAGCCUGGGAGUUUGUUGUACCGCAAUGUUUGUUAAAUUAUGUUGUAUUAAUAAAUCCCAUGGAUUUGGUACUUUUUAAAGGUGUUUCAAUUAGGUGUUUUGGGUCAGUGGCGGAAUGUUGCUCGUCCCAUGGGGCCACUAGAGUUGGGGCGUAACACCUGUGAUUUCCGUAAUGGUGCAAGUAGGAUGUACAUUAUAUCCAAUUCAGGAACAAGUGGCCCCACCCAGGAGAAAUGUCAUUGACUAAAUUUAACUGGCUUCAGUUACUAGCCUGAACUACUAGCUGCGCCAUAAGAAAUCAUGAGUAACACUGGACAGGAUCGUUUAGAAAGGCAAAUAAAAUAUGGGGAAAGAACUCUAAAAAAUGAUAACAAUUUGAAGUUAUCAGGAACACUAUUCAUAAUAAAUCUCAUACAACUCUGGAGGGAUAAUCAAAACAUAAAACUCAACGUAGAGGAGAUGCUGCAUGGCAUCUUUUUCUUAGGUCACAUUCAUGAAAAAAAAAUUCUGCCAGACGACUUCAUUACAACUGAUGAAAAUCGAACCACACUGAAGACACAUUUACCAUCUGCCUUCAAAAUGUACAGUACAACGCCUCCCAAACAAACACCGUUUUCCAAACUUCUAGAUGUGGCUGUCAAAAUUGGAUACAAAGAUGAAACUGAAAUCAGAACAUUUGCUUGGACAUUUCUUAGAAAACUGAACCCACCGUUUUCCCUAAAGGGUGAAACAUUGGACUACCUCACUAUGGAACCCAAUGUAAUUGCUGUCUGUUACAUGGAGACCCAAGGGGAAGAACCCGUGAAACACUAUGGUCCAUCUCUGUCUUUCAGAAAAGACAUUUCAAAGAAUCUCAUGAUUAACUGGUUGUGUCUUGAAGUAUGGCAUGAAUAUGUAGCAUAUGCAGUACUGUCACAUCAAUAUGGGACACCUCAUAGUAUUAACUUUCCAGAAACUGUUCAAUGCCAAGCUUUCAUCAGAAAACAAAAUAUAUAUACUGGUGAACAUGUCCCUAAAGAUCCUUGUAGAAGAUGUGGGGAUCUCUUUUCUCUCCCUACAACAGGACCAAUAGUCAGCACUCCUUACGGAAACUGUGCUGAGACUGAAUGCUACAGUAAACUUCUUAAGAGUGGGGACGCUAUAAAUGUUGUAGAUAGCAUACGGCAAGACCUUGAACGAGAAGGCAGAGAAAGGUACCAUCAAGAAUGGACAGAUCUUCAGACUAAAGCCAAGAGGGACUAUCAGAAAGGGUGGGAUGUAAUAAGAAAAAGAUGGGAAAAAGCUUCUGUUAGCUCCAAAUAUAUGAAUUUGCGUUAGAUUUAGUGGUAAUAGUGGUUUUACAUGAAACAAUAAUAUAUUAAAAUAAUAUAUUAAAGGUAUAAAGAAUGUUUGCGACUGUUUACAACUUUUACUGUGUAUUUCAGGUCAUGUAGUAUUACGUUUGUAAUAUUUGUAUGUAAUUGUGAGCACAAACCUUUCUUUGCUAUUUGCAGAAAUGGGAAAUAGUAUGUUUUGUACACCAGAUAAUGAUUAUAAUAUUGUUGAAUAAGAAGACUUUAUAUUGUUUUUGUAUUGUUUCAUACAUGCUAGCAACUAUUUGAUAGUUUGGUCAAAUAUGUAAAACUAUGCUUUGGACUGAAUGUACAACUUCUUCUCCACUGUUCUCUGUUCCUUUCCAACCACCCAAGAGAGACUGUACACACUGGACAUGUUUACUGGUAUGCUGUGUAUUCUGUACACAAUACCAAUCUGUUCCUCCCAGUAAUAUUUGGGGAUUGUGAAGUAAACAAAGAUGUAUCUGUAGGACAUCAUUGAUACAAAAGUAGAUAAAAGGUAGUGAAAGUAUUUGGUAAAUAGUGUGUGGUCUUAACUCUGGGGUGAGUGGGUUACAAAAUAUACUACUCAGAGAAUCAGUAGUUAAAAGUAGUAGUUUUAUUUUAUACAGUCCCAUUAAUACUGCACUUCUUGUCUUUAUGUGAGUGAUGAUGUCGCAUUGAUGACGGUGUAAAAUACUUUUUCCAAAGAACAAUGAGUGCUUUGCUGUAUCCAAGACACUCCUUUUGAUGGUGACAAAUUCCAACUUGGUUGGGGAGGAAAAUACCAUACCAGGUGUGCCAACAAUGCAUAUAUACCUGUGUUACAGGUUUCCACAUGAUCUACUGUCUCAAAGAAAGAUGGAUUAUGUAUACAGCACAUUUGGUCCAUAGACCAGUUCAACUAAAUGUCAACAAUUUCUUUUUUAUCAA